AUGGUAACUGAGCUGUGGUCUUUAGGUUCCAUCGUGACGAAAGUGGAAAAUGUCCUCUGCGCGAACAAGGAUUUACAUAUGAAUGGGCGGCAAAAGCUGGGCGACUCGUUUUCGAAGAAGUCCACGACCCCCGAGAUGAGAACGUGGUUACCUUCAUCAACCUUGCCCUUUUCUGGUAUGGCGAAGGGCAGUGGAGGAAAAGCGCCGUUUACCAAACCAACGGAUUACUCAUUACUCGCCUAUCAGGAGUACCCUCUGCUCUGGGCAUGUUUCGUCAUUGUAGCAUUUGGCCCCGAUAUCCACUUGAAACGAGAUUUUGCCGAAUCUGCGAGAGAACUAAAUCUUCCAUGUGCGGAGGAGGAUUUUGAACAAAAUAACGUGAAGACCGGAGUGGCAUUAAUGAGUAGUCUUCACGAUGGAAGUGUGCAGGGGGAGUGUAUCAGGGUAAUAGCUUUCUGGAACAGAGUGUCUUUACUAGUUCAAAGCCCGUGUUCCAACUUCCCUUCUCGCCUAGCUGCAAUCCACGAGCUUGGCUCCGAAAUCUCGACCUGGCGUGCUGAACUUCCAGCGUCGCUAGAGCUGAGCAAUGCGCGAACUCCUCCCCAGGAUCAAAAUAACCUCCCACUGAUCUUCUUGGUUCACAUUAUCUAUCAUCAGUCCCUCUGCUCGCUGCAUGCAUCUAUUGUGCCCCUCUUCUGCUGGCACUCGGGAACUGAACAAUACCCGACAGCACGUCAAAUAUCAGCACAAAUUGCGUUCCAACAUGCCUGCUCCAUUUCAGAACUAGCUAAUAGGAUUCUGAGUCCUGCAUAUGAACUCUCACGGACGCCUAGCUUUGUUGGCUAUGCAUGCUAUUGCGCAUGUGCCGUUCAGAUUCCCUUUUUGACUAGCAGCAAUUCGAGUCUAAAGGAAAAAAUGCGCCAGAAUAUUGUCACAAAUCUCAAACUCCUCAGAGAGGUGGGGAAAUAUUGGAGAUUUAUCUCACUCCUUGGUGUCAAUAUCCAAACUAUUUACGAUAUCCAUCGCAGUCGUCCCUGCAUUGCUGAGGAUGAGCCCAAAAAUCUGGACGCUCAAAAGCUUAACGACUUCAAAAUGGAUGCCCCACGGAUAACAUCAUCGAUUCUUAACCACAACAACAUCCUCCGCGGACCUACUGGCUCAAUUGUGCAGAGCGAUGCAGAUGUGGCCAAUCUUGGGCUUGGCACUACCAGAGACCGGCAGGCAGUUCCAAUUGAAGAAACAGUAGAGGCGUUGAUUAGAGGACUAUCGCGGCCACAGGAACAGAAUACAAACACUCAGAAUGUUUCAACUGAGGAUCAAGUUCAGCCAACCUUCACGUCCCAGGACUUUCCCUCGCAACUCCAUCUCGAGACUAUCAAUGGAGGGCCUUUUUUCUUCCCCUGCUCUGGAGACUUCAUGUUUGGCGAUUUUGAGAACGAUAAUUUUUACCAGUCUCAGGUUUAA